AUGAGCUGUUUGAUUCAAACAUUAUAUCGUCGGCUCCUAAAGCAGACUCACCUAUUUGACCUUGAUGCACGACGAUGCAUGCUAUUAUGCAGUCAAGUGGAGAUUGCUAGGUGCAAGUUGCCAUUCCCGUUGCAGACAUGUGUUGAAACCACUAUUCGUGACGUCUUUCAUCGUGGUUCUCAUUUCUACUUUCCUAUCGCGAAAAGUGGGACUGAUAAGGAUAUUUCCGCAGUUCCAUCGCUAAAGGAUUUCCUGAAGAGGUGUUUCGCAACAUAUCCCGCAACCUCCAUAAAUAUACAAAAUGCGUUUGCAUGUCUACAAAGACUGCAGACCAUUAAUCAUUAUUUUGAUAAGGAAGGCAACAAACAACUUGUUCUUUCUUCAUUUCGAGAGUAUUGCCGAUGCGUGUCGUCUCAGUUGAUGAUGGCUGGUACAUUCACUGUGGCUCCUUCUCAGCAUCUUUUGCCCUUCAAUUUUGACUUUCUGCGCUUUUCGGACACCGACACGCAUGCAGCAACAGAAUUUCAAAUAAAUGAGGGUUCAUCUUUAGUGUCCAUAAGAGGGACUUUUCCAAGCUGCAUGAGAACCGUUAUGACUUGUAUCACAAAUAAAGUUCCUGAUCAGCUUGAAUCUAACGUGAGUAGAGAUAUCGAUCGCUUGGCUUGUCCUUCAACUGGGGUGCAGAUCCUCUUGGCACACCCUAAUGUACGGAAUAACGAGAUGUUCGCAGUGGUGCUUCUUGUAUCCGUUUCAUUAUGUUGCAAAGAAGCAGUGGGAUUCGUGCUGAAUGCUGCUCCCCCUCUUUUGGCCAAUGAGGUUGUUGACGCUUCCCCGUCGUGUUUCCGUCAGAAACUAGGGCGCUUUUUACAAAAUGGGAAAGGGGGGGGCAUUGGCCCCACGGCUGAUGCUGACCCGUUGUGUUCUGCAAAGUGCAUAACUAAUCAAAGGGUAGCGGAGGGACAUCCUAUUUUUGCCGAGUUGUGCGGUACGGACUCAAGCAUUUAUAAGGAAAUGGGUUCAUCUUAUGAUAGAGCAUUUUCCAAGCAUGGACCGUCGUUUUUGACAUCAGCGCAUUUAAUUCACUGCGUGCCCGACACACCAGGUGCCACCCCACUCAGCACGGGGAUGUGGUUGGAUGGAGAUAAAGAUUUUCUUCUUGGAAAGCUUUGUGAUGGGACGGCUCUGAAGGAGGAUUUCAUCGUUGUACAUCGUAAUUCCAUCAGGCAUUGGACGCAUGACGCUCUUCAGAAGGAAAUUCUCGAGGGGAAGUGGCUGUUAUUACAGAGUACUGUAGAGGAAUGCGGAAACGAUCAUAGCGAAGUGGUGAAGGAGGUGGUUUUCACGCUGACACGAAACGCUAAGGACGAUAGUGAGGCCGAUAGUAAUGCACCUCAGUUCGAUUUGUUUUCACCUUCAUUUUCUCACACUCAUAGCAGUGAUAACGAACACAUUGUUGCUACGCCAGAGAAUAUGGUUGAGUACGAGGGAGAUAAGGAAUUCAGUGCGGAUCUCAUCGAAUCAGCUGAGAUCGACGACGGCAAUAGCAAUGCUUCGGUGAAAGAAGCAACUAUCAUCAGUGACAAUACCGGCAAAGAUGAUAUCAUAGAGACACAACUUGAGGGUGCUGUACAACUAAGCAAGAUUAUUUCUGAAGAUUCGGCCUGGUCUCGUUACUAUAUUUUGGAUCAAUUAGAUCCUGAAGACUUGGAGGUGUGGUCGAUUAUGGCGGCCUGGUCAACCGCUGAUGGUGCCCUUACUUCUAUGGAGAAAUCAUGGCGCUUAAUGUAUUACAUACUGGGUUCACCUUUCGAUGUACUGGCGGUACAGCGCACUUUUGUACCGCUGCCUAUGCUAGACGAGGAUGAAGAAGAUGUCGAUGUAAGUGAAUGGCAUGCUUUAGCGCUUAGAGAAUCCUGA